AUGUUCCCAGCCUCAGUUCUCUGGCGUGCGCCAGAGGUCAAUCCGAUCAAUUACAAGGCUCGUUCCAUACCAGCACUCAAUCCCUUUGACAUGUAUGGCCGAGUUUUCUUCUUUUCCUGGUUUGGCUUCUUCAUCGCCUUCUGGUCCUGGUAUGCCUUUCCCCCGCUUUUGACGGUCACCAUCAAGAAGGAUCUGCACAUGAGUACCGUCGACGUCGCCAAUUCAAAUAUCGCCGCCUUGACUGCAACACUUCUCGUAAGAUUCAUCGCUGGACCAUGCUGUGACCGCUUUGGUCCGAGAUGGACAUUCAUUGGAACCCUGCUGCUCGGAUCCUUACCCACCGCCCUGUCCGGUACCGCCAACAGCGUCGGUGCUCUUAUCACCAUUCGCUUCUUUGUCGGCAUCCUCGGAGGGACUUUCGUACCCUGUCAAGUCUGGAGCACGGCAUUCUUCGACAAGAACGUUGUUGGCACCUCCAAUGCCUUGAUCGGAGGUUGGGGAAAUUCCGGAGGUGGAAUAACGUAUUUCCUGAUGCCCGUGAUAUUCAAUUCUCUUGUACACGAUCGUGGACUGACACCGCAUGUCGCAUGGCGUGUCGCCUUCAUCAUUCCAUUCAUCCUCAUCAUUUCAACGGCCUUGGGAAUGAUAUUUUUCUGCCCAGACACGCCAACAGGAAAGUGGAGCGAGCGACACUUGCACACAGCUCAAUUAUUAGCGGUGCAGGGUGUUGGCACCAGGACUGAUUCCAAAGGCGUGGUCAUGGAUGAAGUUUCCAGCAGCGGCGUUUCGACACCAAGAGUGGACGAGGAGAAGGGUACCAAGCCUCCUCCCCCUACCACGCGCAACCCCGAGGCUCAUAUGCGGGAGGGUGAGAUGUUUGAGAUUGCACAAGGAGAGGUCAUUCUGAAGCCCACAUUCAAGGAAGGCUUGAAAGUGUUCUUCUCCUUACAGACUCUCUUCCACUGCGCCACUUACUUCUGUUCCUUCGGCGGUGAACUGGCCAUCAACUCCUACCUAGGUGCUUAUUACCUGAAGAACUUCCCCCAUCUCGGCCAAACAGGCUCUGGUCGGUGGGCAGCCAUGUUCGGCCUAUUGAAUGUGGUCACUCGGCCACUAGGAGGUGUCAUUGGCGAUGUCAUAUAUAAAUACAACAAAUCUCUCUGGGCCAAGAAGGCGUGGAUUGUGUUUGUGGGCAUCGUCUCCGGCGCCUUCCUCGUCGCAAUUGGCCUCACAGAUCCGCACCAAGAGGCGAAGCUCUUUGGUCUAAUCGCUGGUAUGGCCGUGUUCCUCGAGGCAGGCAAUGGUGCCAAUUUCGCACUCGUGCCACAUGUCCAUCCCUUUGCGAAUGGUAUCCUGUCCGGCAUCACUGGCGCCGCGGGCAACUUGGGUGGCGUCGUCUUUGCCAUCCUGUUUCGUUUCCAUGGCACCAACUACGCGGAGAGUUUCUGGAUUUGCGGUGUCAUGAUCAUCGCAAUGAACAUUUCGGUUUCGUGGAUUAGGCCCAUUCCCAAGGACCAAAUCGGAGGGCGCUGA